AUGCAUGGACUAGCUCAUCCAGAUGGCGAACUUGCAACCUCGCGCGCUGCAGCAAAAGCAAAUAUUUGCAUGGGUCUAUCAGUCUUUGCAACGCGAGGUCUUGAAGGUGUGAUAGCUCAGAGCAGCGGAAACCCGUACUUUAUGCACAUCUCUAUGAUCAAGGACAAGGUGGCGUGUGCGAAUACUAUCAAACGUGCUGAAGGUCAGUAA